AUGUUUUCGAACAUCAGCUCAAAAGAUGAUGCUUGCCUGACUCCAGCAGAAGACUAUUCCGUCCCAUAUCCUCCUUUCUACGUGAGUGAUCGUGGCACGCUUCUUGGAAUCCUCUUGGCUGGGUCAUAUGUCUUAGCGCGUUUCUUGUUUGAAGAAGUGAGAAAUCGACGCCAUGUUUGUUGCAUCGGACUGGGUGCAAACGACAGGGUUGUAGAGCAUGUUCUUGCAAUCGUGAUUUCCGGGAUAGCCCUUGCAACGGUAUACGUUGCGGUACUUGGACCGGCUUUGUCUGCGCUGGUAGUACUUGAACUUGCAGCGGCGGUGGUCCUUCCUGCUGCCUGUCUGCGCCCGAGUUCUUCCUUGGAGGUCCUCGUCGUCAAAUCUGCCAAUCGUCGACGAGACACUUGCAGAUUUCCCAAAUCGCUCCCUUGA